GUUGCAGGACGCCGAGGGAAACGGGUAAGCUUAUAAAAAAAUACAAAAUUCCAACGAGGGAAAGGAGCGUACAGGAACCUUGUUGGACCAUGGCGAAGAUUUCUAUGAUUCUUAAGAGCCGAGUGCUCAUUCAAGCAGAAAGGCGAUAUUUUUCUCUGCUUUCUGAGCUCUUUGCUCUUCCUUUCCUUAAGACAUGGAGUCCUUUUGCCGCGAUUGAAGGGUUUCACUUCAUAGACGGCUCUGGUCUUCCAUGUAUUUCAGAUGAAUCUGAUAUAUGGUUAACAAUUUGCUAAUAAGUUGUACAUUCAAGUAAUGAUAUUGUGAAGGAAGAACUGAUGACUCUUCAUUUAGCUGAUUUUAAUCUUCUGUUAGCAUAUUUAUGAGAGGGUGCCACUCAAUUCCUCACAUCACAGAAAAUUUGGCCCCUUUGGGAAAUCAAUAUCAAUGGGGCGUUUAUCAAGCCUUCAUAUUCUCCUCCUUGGUUUUAUAUCUGCAGUAAUUUUGCAGACUGUGACAGGAGAUCCAAGGACUGGUCUUGUAAAGCAAUUUUGCAGUAGUACCUUAACAGCAUCUGGUUCUAUUCUCGCAGAAAAUUUUGUUCCCGCGAUGGAUAAUCUAAGCAGUUUGGUUAAUUCACAUGGUUAUGGAACAAACAUAACAGGAAUAGACCCUAAUGCAGUUUAUGCUCUUGCUCAGUGUUAUGGAGAUCUCAGUCCAAUCGAUUGUAAGCUGUGCUUCUCUGAGAUCAGAUCUCAGCUGCCUAAAUGUUAUCCCAACACCGGUGGUAUACUUUUCCUUGAUGGAUGCUUUGGGAGAUAUGAGAAUUACUCAUUCUUUAAUGAAAUUUAUUCUCAAAAUGACACAGCUGUAUGUUCUUUUAGUAAUAAUGGUUCAAAUCCAAGCAUUUUUGGUCGUCUUGUGAAGGUGGUUGUUGGCAAUGUGUCUUUGCAAGCACUGAAUAAUCAUGGUUUUGCUGUUGGUUCUGCAUCACUUUCAAAUACUACUGUUUAUGCUCUUGCUCAGUGCUGGGAGAACCUGAACCAUUCACUUUGCAGCUCAUGUCUUGAUUCUGCCACUUCAGAAAUUCUUUCAUGUUCCCCAGCAAUGGAAGGGCGUGCUCUAUAUGCUGGUUGUUUCAUAAGAUACUCGACGGGACUUUUCUGGAAUGUAAACAAUUCGACUUCGAGUUCUAACGAUAAAAGUAAAAUCAUAUGGAUGAUAGUCGGUCCAUUGCUUGGAUUUAUCCUUAUACUAGUGUUAGUAUUCUUGCUUGCAAAAAGAAAAGGCUUAUUGGGAAGCAAAAAGAGUCCCUCCCUAACUGACUUGUAUGGACCAGAAAUUGCAGCAGCCAUUUCUAAGUCUAAUUUAAAUUUCAAAUAUGAUGAAUUGAAGAAGGCUACAAAUAACUUCAGCUUCUCAAACAAACUUGGCCAAGGUAGUUAUGGGACUGUAUACAAGGGAAUCCUUUCUGAUGGAACGGAGGUUGCUGUAAAGAUGCUGUUUCUUAACACAAGACAGUGGAUUGAUCAAUUCUUCAAUGAAGUUGAUCUGGUAAACCAAGUUCGCCAUAAGAAUCUGGUGAGGUUGCUGGGCUGCAGUCUAGAUGGUUCAGAGAGCUUGCUUGUUUAUGAGUACUACUACAACAAGAGCCUGGAUCUAUUUAUAUUUGAUGAAGGUCAAGAUAAAUUUCUAGACUGGCAACAGAGAUUUGAUAUCAUUCUAGGGGUUGCAGAAGGUCUAUCUUAUCUCCAUGAAGAGUCAGACACAAGAAUCAUCCAUCGAGAUAUCAAGGCUAGUAAUAUUCUAUUGGAUGCCAAGUUUAAGCCUAAAAUAACUGACUUUGGCCUUGCAAGAUCUUUUGCUCAAGAUCAAACUCACCUUACCACUGGGAUUGCCGGAACUCUGUAA